AUGAGUACAAGUUCAGUAUUAUCACCAAGUUUACAUCCGUUGAUUGCUGGUGCUACUAGUGCGUUUAUAACAACAACAUUAUAUCAACCAUUAGACUUUCUUAAAACUCAAAUACAAGAACCAAAAAAUGGAAUAUCCAAACGAUCAAUUGGAUUAAUAGCAAAACAUACUAUGCAACAAUAUUCAACAUUCCGUCUAUGGCGUGGUCUAACACCGUCCUUAUUUCGUGCUGUACCUGGUAGUUCUCUUUAUUUUCAUUUGCUCAAUUCGCUAAAAGAAAAAAUUCCAAAAGCUCAACAAACUCUUUUUGUCAAUGGAAUUUGCGGUGCUGUCGCUCGAGGUGCAGCUGAUUUGCUUGUUUUUCCAUUUACAUUAAUCAAAGUUAGACUUGAAAGCUCCCGGUUUACAACAAUGAAUAUGAUUUCUAUAAUUCGACAUGUAUACUCAGUACAUGGUUUACAAGGUUUUUACACUGGUCUUCUACCGACUUUAGCUCGUGAUCUUCCCUUUUCCGGUAUUUAUUAUAUGUCAUAUCGUAAAUUAAAAGAUAUAUUUUCAAAUGAUAUGGAUAGUCCAUCAAAUACAAAUUGGCUAACAUCUCAAGCUUCGAUAAGUGUUACAGCUGGUUUAAUUGCUUCAUUUAUAACUCAACCAGCUGAUGUUAUUAAAACAUAUCGACAAGUAGCUCCAACAGAUUAUCGAAAUGUGCAUAUGACAAUUAAAUAUAUUUUUCAAACUUAUGGUUUAAUUGGCUUUGCGAGUGGCUUUCUUAUUCGAGCAGUUCGUCGUACACUAGUAGCUGCAACAGCUUGGACUUUAUAUGAAUCAUUUUUAAGAUAA